AUCUUGAAAAUUCAUAUGGAAAACGCCUUUUUUUCCAAAGAAAAGCCUCAUGCAAGCUCAGGACCACAAAUCAACAGCUACCAAGCUGCUUAACUUACACUUUAAAAACUUUAUUGUUGUGUGCUGAAGGAAAAGAGAACCAGGAGUUUACCGGAACACUGGAAUUAGCACUUGACUGAUUAAUCUGUGAUGAAUCAAACAGUAAGAGCACUCUGGUAAAUAUACUGUUCUAUUAACCAUGUUUGUCACUUCAGCUGAAAACUUCAAGAAGUAAAAUGAGGACAUUUUCGCAGGACAGCAGUAAUUGAACAAUUCAGCUACGAGUUUUGGUGAUCUGCAUUGGACGAAAGAAAACAUAUUUCAUCCGGUAGAAGGCACAUGACAGCAGCCUUAACGGUCAUACUUCCUGUAUCUUGCUCUUUUCAUGUUGAAAUUGUUAUUGAAAUGAGGAUUUGUCUUCAUGUAGCAGUAAUAAAACAUCAGUUCAAACUUAAAUGUUCAAAUCAGUAAAGAGGUGAUUUUUUGUAAGAAUUAGUAGCCAGAGGGAUAUGUUUGAAAAGAUUACAAAAGACUAAUGGCAAUAGUGCCUCAUCACUGAAAAGGUGUGGUGGAUCACUGUAGCAACUUUUGUCACGGCUGUAAUUGGACCUGUUUUGAUUUUUAACUUGUGUGAGGAAACAGUCAGAAAACAUCAAUGAGAAGCUUGACGCUAUUUGAAAUCAGCAAAUGAAUCCGUAAACUACAAUUCAAGGACAGCACAAGGGAACAACUUUACUAUUAAGGAGCUUGGAGUUUAAUUUUCUGAAAAUGAAAGGGUUUUGUCGCAUAUGUGGCAGUGAUCUACAAGGAAAUCAGCGUCGUUGGAUUUUCCACACCUCUGGCAAAAGAAGACUGCAGAUUGUUCUUUCUUAUGUAUUGGGUUAUAUAAUUAACCGUGAUGGCCAAGGAGAGUUCUUAUGUAGUAAAUGUGCCUUCAUGUUGGAAGAGGUAUUGAAAUAUGACAUUGUUACCGCUCGUGUUAAGACUGUUGCCGGUGAGAGACUGCAGAUGUUGACAGCAGAGAAAGAACAACUAAUUCAAUGUAUUGUGCAUUUGUACUUUCAGUGCAAUGAAAAAACUAAAACUUACCAUUAUAAAGAGCAUAUCUCUACGCAGUGUGUGAAUCAAUGUUCCUCACAAUAUCGCAUGCUUCUACAAGAUGAAUCUUUUUUAUCUGAAUUUUGGAUGCCAGAAAUAAGCAGUAAGAAAAAUUUGCACUGCUCAAAAUGCUGGCGUGCUUUCAGUGGUGGCCACAAGAAGAGAAUGUGCCUCUGUUCCGAGUCUGUGCGAGUAGCAGAUUUAUUUUGUAACUUAGUCUGUUCUACUCCUAGAUGGACCAAACGGAGUGGCUUAACAGGAAGUCUACAUCAAUCCCUGUUAAGCAGUCAUUCACAGAGUAUGUCCUUUAAUUUAGCCCGGAAAAAUUCUAUGUCAACAGGGAAGCUGCCCCCUCGUGCCCGUUCAAGGCAGUUGGACAAUCUGGAAGUUGAAUCGAUGACGACAUUAAAUUCAACCAAAUUUGAUUGGAUAACUGAUGAAGAAUCUGAAAAGGUUCAGUUAAAAUCAAUGUUUGAUUGUAUUGCACCAAUUGAAAAUUAUCCCUUAAUAAGACAAUCAAUUGCUAAUGCAAUUUGGGAAAUUAAGCAUAUUGAAUACAAACCAGUGCCUUCCCUGUUAAAAAGUAAGAUACCAAAACGUGUGACAUUUUCUGCGAGGACUCCUGCAUCAGGAUGUAGCAUUGCAAUGGCUUUGCAAGAAACCCAUCCUCUUAAUGAUGGAAGCUUUGCCCAAGAGAUGUGGACGUCUCUAGAAGAUGAUUAUGGUUCUUUAAAACGUGAGAACCUGGUUGAGAAAGAGAGGCAACUGGGACAGCUGGAAGUGGAGGCUAAGCAGCUAAAGGCUGAUCUUGAGAAUGCUGAAGCUACUAUUCAUGCUCUGCAAGAAAAGCUGAAGAAAGCAGAUGCUGCAAAAAAGAUUCUGGAAGAACAUGUUAAUGAAAAGGAGAAUGAACUGGUUGCUGAGAAGCAGAACAGUCUGAAACGAGAUAAAACUAUUCAAGGAUUGACUCUAGCCUUGAAGGCCAAGGAUAAAGAGGUAGAUGAGCUUUGUCAUGAAAUUGAAGAUCGAGACAAUGCUCUGGUGAAAGCAAGAGAUUCCAUACACAAAGCACAAUUGCAGAAAUUUCAGGGAGCAGAAGAAUAUCAAAGUCUCAUGACUGAGAAAGAAACUGAACUUGCAGAGCUUCGUGCAGAUCGCAAGGCAAGAUUAAUGGAGAUCCAGAAAUUGCAAAGAGCAUUGAACAGGAAAGAGCAGGAGCUGAAUGACUUAACUGAAGCAAAGGCUCAGCUGGAAGAAGAGGUCGAAGCACUGCAUCUUCAAAAAGCAAAGGAUGACAAGACGGUUAAUGAUAUACAAAACCAUAUCCAGAAACUGGGUGCUGAGUUGACCGAGAAGGAACGUGCAAUGGAGCAUAAGUACCAAAGUUUACUGAUUGAGAACAAGCAGAAAUUACAAAGCCAAGAGCUAGUCAUUGAACGACUAACAGACAGCUUGAACAACAAAGAUAGACUGCUGCAAGAUUAUAUGGAGCUGGCAAAAGGAAUUCAGCAAGGAGGGGACCAGAGCCCAAAUGGAAAGGAUGCUUUGUUAGCUAAACUGCGAGAUCGAUUAAAAGAGAAAGACCAAGCUCUUGAGCAAGCCCUUGAUCAAAAACAUGCAGCUGUUGACGAAAAGGAGAAUGAAAUUCAUCGGCUGCACCUAGCUUUGAGAGAAAGAGAACAUGAUUUGGAUCGAUUAAAGACUCUUGUUGCCAACAAUGAAGAAACCAUUAAUCGCUUGGAUGGGAUGAUUAAAGAAAAAGAUGUGGAGCUACAGCAUCUACUGAACACAUGCAAGAAUUUGCAAAGAGUAAAGCAGGAGCUGGAGGAUAGUCGUGCACGCUCUCUCUGUGAGAAGGAUGUUGUUAUUUCACAGCUGCAGCAGUCUCUAAAAAACAAGACUGAAAAUUUAGAGGAUUUGACAAAGUCUCUGUUGAACCAGUCUCAACGUGACACAAAAGAUGUAGCAGAGCAGUUGAGUCGGUGCUUAAAGACAAAGGAGAAGAUGCUGGAGGAUGCUUGGGCAGAAAAAAAACAGCUGAGUGCAGAGCAUGAGAAGGAGAUUGACGAACUAUUGAAAGCAAUUAACAGCAAGGAUCAACUUCUUAAAGAGGCAUCAGAACGUUACAAUCGCCGUCUGUCUGAACUUAGUCGUGAAAUUCAGGGACUGAAUCGGCAAGGUUUUGAGAAAGAGCAAGAUGUUUUAGGCCCAUUGAAACAUGACUGUCUGUUAAACCAGGAACAGAUACUAGAAAUGGCACAACUAAAAGCUGCUCUUGGUGAAAAGGAUAAGAUUAUUACUAAACUAAUGGAACAUGGCCAAAUGAAAGACCAGUAUUUUCUGCAGCAUGAAGCACCAAACCCAUCACAUGUUCUGGAGCUGAAGCAAACAAUACAAAUACUGCAAGAACAACUGCAUGAGAGAGAAGCUGAAUUAAGUCAACAUGACCCCGCAGAAGAUGAGAUUCUUGUUAAAAUGCCUGGACAUGAGAAGAGCUCAACGAGCCUGAGAAAAGAACUUGCUGAAAAAACUGAGGAACUAAACAAGACCUUAAAGAAAGAAAAUGAGGCAAAAAUGGAAGUGGCUCGACUCCAAUCUCUGCUUGACAAAUUGGAAAAAGACGUACAAACCCAGGCUGCAAAUGUCGAGUCGUUGUCCAAAACCGUGCUGGUUAAGGAUGAAAUUAUUAAAGAUCUCCAGUCAAGGCUUUCUACUUCUGUGGUACCGGGAACAGAAGAUUUUACAGGUGAAGUAGCUGUCCUGAAGGAUGGUAUCCAGAGACCUGGGCACGCUCCAAGAGAAAGAACUAUUAUUGGCGAAGACAGCCAGCAGUCCACGCCGACUUUAGAAGAUCAGAUGUCAGAGGAGCACUUGCGUUGUGCACUAAGAACUGAACAGCAGCUCUACUCGAGACUUAUCAAAGCAGUCAAAGAAACGGACAGCCACAGCCGCAUUCAAGCCUUGCAGAUGGAGCUGACAACCAUUCAGUUGCUAAGGCAACAGCUUGAGGAAAGCAUUCAAAUCAAUCAAAAUCUGCAGAAGAACUUGGAACAACAAAUCAAGGAAGCAAAAAAGAAAGAAGACACUGUGUCCAAAGUGGACACGAUUGACAUUGGAGAGAUUGAGGCUCUACGGCACCAAUUGGAAGACACUCAGCGCUGGAAUGUGUCUCUGCAGUCCCGACUUGGACAGAUGCAGGCUAGAGCUGGCGGAGUGGGUGCAGCUAGUGAUUCUGGUGACACUUUUACAAGCUAUGGAGACCAGACCUCAUACCUCAGCAUCUGCCUGGGGCAGUUUGAUGAUUUGGACCAGGAAAUAGUAAAACUCUCUUUGCCAGAGCUCAGACAAAAGGUGAUUGAACUUCAGAAAUCUCUAAAAGUGUUGCAAACCAACAGUCAGCAGCUGCAGGAGUCACAGUGCUCCAUUCCGGGCUUCAACAGUCAAGAUAAAGAAGAUGAUGUACCAACAAUGACUGCUCAAUCAGAGCUACUUAAUCAAAGGCUAGAAGAAUCAAUGAAAAUGAACAGAGUCCUUCAGGAGCAGCUACACAGCCUUAACCAGAUUAAGAAACAUGAUUUGGCCUUGUCUAAAGAUGAUAAAUGUAUCCAGACUUCACCUGAAGUUAAAGCAGCAUCGGAGACUGAACCAGUGCAGCAAUGUGCUACCCAUGUCCUAAGAACAGCUACUGAGACAAAUCAGGAACUGGAUGCUUUAGAAAUGCCUUAUGACACUGCUGCUGAUGAUGAUCAUUCUUUAGAGUCUGGAAAGUUAAUGAAGGAGCUGAAUAAGGUUUAUUGCGAAUUGGAAGAUAAAUGUAAGCAGUUGGAAGAAAUGGAGAAGCAGCUGGAGAUAACGGAAUGUCAUUUGCAUGAAGUGGAAGCAAAGCAGCUCCAAAUGGAAGAGGAAGUUAGUGCAAUGAGGUUAUUAAUGGAGGAUAAUGGUGUAUCAUCAGUAUCUGAUUUCAGGAAUGAAAUUGUGAAAUUGAGAACAGAGAUAACUGAAUUACGAGAUCAACAUAGAGAAGAUCCAGUAAUAAGUGAGAAUGAAGACACAGAGGAACGACUCAAUAAUGAGAGUGAAGGUGACCUAAGAAAGAUAGUAUUGAGGUUAAAAAUUAAACUGAAGAAAAACAAAAAGAUAAACGACCUUCUUAAGCAGCAAAUAGAACUUAACUGCUCUGGAGACAAUGAAAAUAGUUUUAACCCUGACUUGAUUGUAAACAUGGCAAAAGAAAUCGAACACCUGAAAGCUGAACUGGAAAUUGCAAAUCAAAAGAUAGCAAGCACGGAUAGAAGACUGAAAGAAACAAAAACUAAAGAGCGGAAAGGUCUCCAAGGAUCAAAGCUGCCGCGGUCAAAAUCUUUGGAGUUAAGGAACAACAAGGCCAAGAACAAAGAGCAGAUGUCCGAUCAAUCUGGUUUAUCUGCAGCAGCAAAUAAUAGGUCUCAUCUUCCUGUCCCACUGAAACGACCGAGGUCAGUCAGCAACAUGAGCACUGCAUCCUCCAGCCAAGAUAUUCCUUCUGAUGAUCAAGACAAUGAUCGGUUGAGGGCAGUAUUGAAAGAUAAUGAACAGUCACAGAGUAAGUUGUAUGCAGCUGAGGCAACACUUGGCAGCCAGGAAGAGAACUCAAAGCUUCAUUGUAUUCCUUCGCAUGUUGAAUCAUCUUUGAAACAAGAUGAUAAAGAGGUCCAAGUGGAUGUUCAGGACCUUGGUUAUGAAACCUGUGGAAAAAGUGAAAAUGAUGCGGACAGGGAUGAGAGCAGUAGCCCAGACACAAUCAGUCAUUUACCAAGCCAUCACUAUGGUGACUCAACCGUUCCCUCCCUACUUAAAUUAAAUCGUCGUUUCUUUUCCAUGGAAAAUCUUGACACAAAUUCAUCAACUUCGUACCCAAGUUCACCAAGUUUAAUUUCACCCAAAAUUAGCUUGAAGAACCUUGAUGUGUUUGAUGACUAUGGACAGACAGAUGAUGUGAAUGAACUCAAACUUCAAAUUGGUGAGCUAAAGGAACAAAUUGAGAAGUAUCAGAAAGUCAUUCGUCAUUUGCAGACUUUUAUGCGCAAAAAUUCCCUAUCCAGUGAUCAACUGACUGUCUCUGACCAUAGCCACCAAGCUACGACGCGAGGUUCAUAUGAAGGACACUCUUUGGAUUCUAUUCAAAAAGAUGAUGAUCGUAACCAUUGUCAAAGAAGACAUUCUGUACAGUCCUCAGACCUAUCUGUUCAAACCACCCAGAAGAUUUCAAAUUGUCCAUCAAGAUCACCAAGUAUGGAUUUUGGAAGCCAGAGUGACAGAGGUGACUGGUUGGUAUCAAACUAUUGCCAGGAUGGACAGCAGGUGCAAAAGUUAAAGGAACAAAUGGAACAACUGGAAGAUCAGUUGCAGAAAGAGAAGUCGAAGAAUGAGGAGCUUCAGGAUCAGCUGCAUCAUCUUCAAACUAAGUUGACAGCACCUUCACCAUCUCAAAAGUAUGAUUCACUGGUGCAGUCACAGGCAAGGGAACUCUCCCAUCUUCGACAGCAAAUUAAAGAAAGCUUUCAUAUUUGCACUUUGCACCACCAAACUGUUGUGGAUCUUACCAAGGGCUUUGAGGAGCUGCUGCAAGCCAGUGAUGUUGAUUAUUAUGUUGGAGAAGCGUUUCGUGACCUGCUAAACCAGAGUUUACGUCUGGUGGAAACACUAGAGAACAAGUUUGAUUGUGGUGAUAUAUCUUCUGUUGGUGGAGACCACGCACUCCUUGAUUUCUCUCAAAGUCCUCGCAAUCUACAAUAUGAAGUUCUCUACCUUCGAAAGCAGCUAGAAAGUGAGCGCAAACAGUUGCACAAGCAGCUGAAUGACCUUCUACAUGAGAAUCAGGUGUUGUCACAGGCAACAAAAGAUCAACUUGAUCAGCUGUCAAAAGAGGUGCAAGAAAAGAACAAAGUUAUUUAUUGCCUACAGCAACAGUUAAAACAUCAAUCAUGUGUGCCAUGCACCAGCCAAGUCUCUUCAGACUCUGAGAUAUCUGACAGAAAUUCUGUUAGUUCACAUGAAAGUCGAUCAACCACAUCUGAACCACCAAUCCCUGCUGAAAAUAAAAGAAAGUACCAUAAUGGUAGACAGCGAAGCUUUCAAAGGAGACUCUCAUAUAAGUCACCAGCAACAAAUGCAAACACAAACAUGCAAAGUGAUCCACGGAAUAAAGAAGUAAGACUGACAUCUCCAGAUGUUCGACCACAAAUUCCAGAAAAACACAGAGAAGUAGAAGGAUUCCCAGUUUCUGAAGAAGUGUUGCCUACUGGAGGCUGGCUAGUUGAGUAUACCAGCACUGAAACAUCCUUGCUUAAUCAAAGAUUGCUUGAGCUCCAGAAAGAGAACUCAGUCCUUCGUGAGCAGCUGGUGAACAAGGAAGAUUUGAAUGAGACACUACGGACAGAACUUAGCUUGCACCGUUCCAUUUUAACAGACAAUCAGAAAAAUAUUGAUAAGCAAACUGCCCAUUCACCUAAGCACAGUGAUCGAUCUUUAACAACAAAUAAGCAAAGUGCAACUUCCCAAGAGUCGAAAGAAGAUCCUUUCCUAAAUGCUGCGGACACAUUAGCAGAACACCUUCAUGAAAUACGAAGUUUAAGGCAGCGCUUGGAUGAAUCUAUUAAAAAUAAUGACAGAUUAAGACAACAACUUGAACGUCGACUUGCUGAGGCUGAACAUGAUCCAGCUUCCACAAAUAUCUUCAUCCACGGGGCAGAGGAACACAGUCACCUGACUGAUCAGAUUCAUUACCUGAAGGAACAAAACAGAUCCUUAAAAGAGCAGCUGACAAGAAGCACUAGAGACAAACAGAGAGAAAAUGAGAAGCUAAAGGAAUCUCUUUCAAAGAAGACUGCCACUAAUGAGCACCUGCGUAGUGAAUGUGAACGUGCAAAGAGGGAGAGUAGUCGGCUGCAAACUAAAGUUGCUAAUGCUCAUGAAGAAAGCAGAAAGUUGAAAGAUGAACUGCAAUGCAGUCAUGAUGAAAUCAACAGGCUGCACAGAGAACUUAACUUACAGCAUCAGCUCUUCACAGAAAACCAGCAGGUACUGCAGUCAUUAAGAAUGGAGCUUCGAGUGUAUGAGCAGCUUGAGGACGGAAAAACAGAGCCUCCACAACAGAUCAGCCAAGAAUCGGUGAAAUAUUUUCAAGGAUCUAUUGAUCUAAAUGAACUCUUGACAGAGAUCCAUUGCCUACGGAUUCAGUUGGAGAGAAGUAUUCAGACCAACACCAGUUUACGUCAGAAGCUUGAAGAACAACUUCAACAAGGACAAAUCAAAGCUGAAGGCAGUCCUUCCACUAUUAAUAUAAACUAUCUCUUAACAAGAGAGCAGAGACGUGCUGGGAACAGACGUUUGUUUCAAGAUUCUGAAGCUGACAUGUCUGUUUCUGCUGAAGAUGGAAGAGGAAAUUUCCACUCUCAUGCAUUUCCAACAUCACCAAAAUCUGCUAACAUUCCUGCAGGUGUCACUGUUGAUGAUGGGUCAAUGUUCAGAAUCCCAAGAACCAAAGAACUGCCAAAAGAUGAGUUUGAUGGUUCUUCACAUUACAGUGAUAGUUCAAUAGAAAACCUGUCACACAAACCUUCUAGAGUCCUACCAGAGCUUCAGAAGCUGGCCGACAAAAAUGGGCAACAUGUGCUUGGACUGUUAGAAAAUUAUAAUGCACUGCGCAAACAAAUCUCUGACAGCCGGUCACUGCUUCAUGGAAUGGAUACAUGUCUUGGUGAUGUGGCUGCUUGUCAGACUACUGCUGCAAAGGAACCAAAUGAACCUUGCUUAAAGGACUUGGCCUCAACUGUAAAAACAUUGGAACAAAUGCUUGAGGAAGCAGGACACUUGCUAAAAUGCUUCUGGAGGAUAUCUUUACCGAUCUCUUCUGCCAGCUCUAGUCAUCAUACGCAGGGAAAAACUGUGACAGAUGAAAUUUACCGGCUACGCAAGAAAUUGACUGAACAGGAGAAACUCUUGCAUGGCACAGUUAAACGUCUUCGUACGACUAACCAGCUUAAAGAGGGAAUGGAAAAGGUCAUCAUUAACCAAUUGUCAUUAACCCAUGAUGUUCUAAAGAAAGCUAGAGGAAAUCUGGAGAUGAAUCAUUACAUGGUUUUUGAUCUUAAAGGCUUUCCAAAGCAAAGUGAAGCAGAUCCAACCUUCCGAAGCUCCACCAACAAAUGGAAAUAACUAAUUUAGUUAAUACAGCUGUGAUCAAAUUUUCCAGUGAAGAGGUUUACUGUAUUCCUCAAACGUUUGACUCUUUAACAUCAUUUGCAGCGAUUGAAAAUAAUUUCUUUUAAAGUAUCCUGUUAAGUUGCAGGUUAAAUUGCUGAAACAUUUUUUUUGUGUUAUUUUUGUCUGGAAAUGGCUUUUUUGCACAGAGGUGCAGAAUUGUUUCUGCAUGCAAAAAUGUUAGAUGUAACCAUGAGUACUUGUCAAAAACCGUAGCUGUUGGAACAGUACAGGUGAAACAUUGUGGAUUUAAAAAGAGUGAACAGUUAAAAGGAUGUUUUAAGAUUGUAAUAAUUAAUGACUUUAAAGUAAUGUAGAGCAUCAGAAAUGUUGGAACAUUUCAGAACUCAAUUUUUAUAGAAGAAACCUUUGUACAUUCCCUUAGUUCAGUAAUAAUUGUAGUGUGUAAAAAUCAAUUUUGUAAAUAAUUCAGAGGUCAGAGUCUGACCUGCUGCAGGCUGUGUGAUUAUUGUAUUGUGCUGUUGUAUAAUGUUUCUUUCUUGGUACUGAGAUGUUUGUAAGGUACUGCCUUGGCCUUAUGAUUGAUUCUUUUUCAAUUGCUUUGUUUGUGUUUUUAUGGAAAAGAUUGUGAUGUAGAAGUUUUUAAAUUGUGAAACAAGCCUGCCUUACUGUACAUUUUAGAAUGUAUGGACUUCAGUCUGUUGUCUAUUUUUCAAAAUACAUUUUAUAUCUUCA